AUGGCGAAUUCAAUGUAUGAAUACGUCAAGGAUUUUGAGCAGCCCGAUCCUCUGCUGCCAAAUACUUGGAUCGUGGUCCGCAUUGAUGGAAGAGGAUUUCACAAGCUUUCGGAUUUCUACAAAUUUGAAAAGCCCAAUGACCGCCGUGCACUGGAUCUCAUGAAUGCGGCCGCCGCCGAAGUCAUGAAAGAUCUUCCAGAUCUAUGUAUCGCAUACGGCGUCAGUGACGAAUUUAGCUUUGUCUUCCAUCCCAGCUCUCAGCUCUUCGAGCGUCGAAGCGCGAAACUCGUUACGACUAUUGUCUCGACAUUCACCGCGCACUAUGUCUAUUUGUGGGCUACAUAUUUCCCUUCAAAUCCCCUGAAGCCACCUUUUCUUCCCUCAUUUGAUGGGCGAGCUGUCCUUUAUCCUUCCUCGCGCAUUCUGCGGGACUACAUGAGCUGGAGACAGGUCGAUUGUCAUAUUAACAACCUCUACAAUACUACCUUCUGGACAAUGGUUCUGCAGGGAAAUAUGAGCAAUACUGAAGCAGAGCAGGAAUUGAAGGGUACCGUUUCUUCUGAUAAGAACGAGAUUCUCUUCAAGCGGUUUGGCAUCAAUUACAAUAAUGAAGAGGAAAUCUAUAAGAAAGGCAGUGUACUCUAUCGCCAGUAUGCACUUCAAGAGCCCAAGGCUAUCCAGGCAUCCACAGAAGAUGAGGCUGUAGUCCCAGAGGCACAGCAAUCCAAGACGCAGCAGGAGAAGUUCAAGAAAUUGCGCCGUAAGGCACAGGUGGUAAUUGAUCAUGUUGAUAUCAUUAAGGAUGAGUUUUGGGAGCGUCGGCCGUGGAUCAUUUCUGGCAAACCGGGCAAGUUGCUAGAGUAG